GAUCAGAGACGCGGCACUAACCAAGCAAACUGACUUACCCACUUUGGAGUUGCCGAUUUGCCGACUCCCUUCCUCCUCUCUGCCACCGGCUUCUUCCUCAUCGUUCCCCCAGCCCCGGAUAGCCUGUCCUUACGGCACUGCCUCUCUGUGUCCCCUCUCUCUGUCUCUGCAGCCGGCUCCGUGAUGGGUUCUGGGCUGGAAGCGCUAGCCCUGUGCAUGGCAUUCGGCUUCUUGUUCACUCUCGGAUGGGCAGAGUUGAACACCGAGUGCUACACUGCUAAUGGUGCUGACUACAGAGGCUGCCAGAAUCGAACCUCGCACCACGGAGGAAAGCCCUGCUUGUAUUGGAAUGAAACCUUCCAGCACCCUUACAACACCCUCAAGUACCCCAACGGAGAAGGAGGCCUUGGGAAUCACAACUAUUGCAGGAAUCCAGACAAUGAUGUGAGACCAUGGUGUUACGUUGCUGAGUAUGAAGAUGGAGUGUAUUGGAAAUACUGCGACAUACCAACAUGUCACAUGCCGGGCUACCUGGGCUGUUUCAAAGACAAUGGUGACCCACCGCCUUUAUCAGGCAGCAGUGAAACCUCCAACAAGCUGACCAUUCAGACCUGCAUUAAGUUUUGCAGGAGCAAGCGAUUCAAGCUUGCUGGCAUGGAGUCUGGUUAUGCAUGCUUCUGUGGGAAUGAUGCUGAUUAUUGGAAACACGGAGAGGCCAACAGCACAGAAUGUAACCACGUGUGCUUCGGAGAUCACACCCAGCCCUGCGGAGGAGAUGGCAGGAUAAAUAUCUUUGAUGCAAAGAUCGGGGCUUGUGGUGGGAAUUACUCGAUGGACGCUGGCAUCAUUUACUCUCCAGAUUUCCCCGACAACUACGCCAGCAGCAGGGUGUGUUACUGGACCAUUCAGGUGCCCGGGGCGUCCCUCAUCCGGUUCGACUUCACCCUGUUUGACAUCCGUGACUCAAGUGACAUGGUGGAGUUUCUGGAUGGCCGCAGCAAUGACGUUCUCGCCCGGUUUGAUGGCAGGAACCGGCCCUAUGACACCCUGAACGUGUCGGCCAGCUUUGUCAUCUUGUACUUUUACUCGGACCGGGUUAACCAAGCUGAGGGAUUCGCCGUCUUGUACAGAGCUAUUAAAGAGAAUCCUCACUCCCAGCCUCCAGUGAGCAGGAAUGAUAUUAAUACAUCAGAAAUGAUAACCGAGAGAGUGGGUGCUGGUACUAAUGCAGCCCGAUCAUCAAAGAUCCUCUACUUCAUUACAGCAAGUCCCAGCCAAUCGAACCAGAACAUGCCAGUGUGGACUAUCUAUGCCUUGGCAGCCUUGCUAACACUGACAGCGAUAGCGAUGGUUUCGAAGAUUCUUCUUCACCUAACAGUAAAGUCACGUCGAAUUCCUGCACAAGACAACUCCGAAAACUGUAGCCAGCCAUCCCCAUCUGAACCUUGGGUCAUCACCUAUAAACCCGCGACUAUUUUGUUCUUUAAGAAAAAACUGAAGAACCAGCAUGGAGAUCGAAGUCCACUUGUGGGUGACUAACCUACUGCAGCAACAGAGGACUUAACAUCCCAGGAAUCUCCACCUCUAGUCUUCAACAUGGAAACUCCUUUAAAUUAUCUUUCAGUUGCAACAUCCAGCACUUUGAUACCUCAGAAUUAAGCACUUCUCACCGGAUACACGCAAUCGCGCAUGCUCAUUCAGACCACCACAAGACCAGUUGGCUGACAUCUCCAAAGGCAAGAGCUCACUUAAACCGAACGACCUCGACUUUUGCAUACCAUGUUCUUGCAGCUCAACAAGGGUGAGACUGUCACCAGAAUGAGACUGUACAUUGUAUCGACUGGAAUUCUCUUGGGGUCUAAUAAGGGAAAGACACUUCACCUGACUAUCAGAAUCUUCUUGGAAAUAGAUGCAGUUUGAACAGUGAAUUUGUUUUUCUGUGGGUGACACUUCUACUAUGUUCAUUCAGCCCUUCAAGCCAUGCUUGUCUGCACGAUCUAAUUGAGCUCUACGGGUCAUUUCCUAGCAGUUACGGAAGAGUGAAAACCUUAACAUUUUAAAUGAUCAAAUUUACUUUGCAACCACUGGUAAGGAAUAGAAGGAAACAUUUUCUGCUUGGCAGACAUCCACAGUAAAAUCCAUAGUGAACGUCAAGUCCAAUUCAACCCCCAAAGCCUUUCACUAUUGUGUAGUAUUACAGAUCCAUUACUGCAGAGGUGAAUAAUCAUCCAAAGGAAUCAGAAAUACACUCACAUUUAUGACUAUCCCAGCAAUCUGUUGAUAAUAUGCAAUUCAAAGUGGGGUUUUGGAAAUUCUAAUAUGGUAAUGCCAAAGUGUGUUAAGAUGAUGCUAUUCAUUGAGUGAGCUAGAGAUGGUUCUGUUUUGUUGGGGUUUCCUUCAUUUAGUCAAAACUAAAGCCCUUAUGCAAGCCUCUCCUACCUUUUCAGAAAAGGUUAAGUCCAAAAUAAGUAUCCUCAUGCAUGUGCAGGAUUUUACUUGUACUUGUUUUUUCUUGUUUGCUUUUGUUUCUGUUGUUUAUAUCUCUGACAGGUACUCUUCAAGAAUACUCGGUUACCUGGUGUGAAGUUGGGCUGUGACCUGAUCUCAGUUUUCCACCAGCUCUGCUGUGUAACUAGUGCUAGAGACUGACUUUUUUUUUUGAAAAAAAAUUGAAACCUCCAGCUAAUAGGUGAAAUAAUGACAGCCAUGAUUAGUACAUUUACUGUAACAAAUGACUAUAAACAUUAUUGAUGAAACACUGUUUUCUUUUUGCCCCAAGUUUUACAUUAAAAUACGAAUAGAAAGAUUCUCUUUUAUACUUAUCACCCAUUGCAUUCUCCAUGGAAUUACAGUCCUUUUAACAGUGUAUUGUUACCUCCACCCUUCAAUGAGAUCUGAUAUCGUUAAUCCAUUGAGGAGUAACUUUAAGUAAGUGUCUCCAAGUGUUUGCCUUAGUUUUUUUGAUGACUUUCUUGAGCCCCUCCAUCACCUGUAGAGCCUAUUCUGAUUAUUCUUUGUCUCUUUGGCCAUGCCAAAAUAGAUCUUGCGGAAACCAUAGACCACAACAGGGUCCGUCUCUUCAACUGGAGACCAUCUCCCUCUCCCAUCUGGCAUUAGUAAGAUGCAUAAUCAGGUUGACCUUUCUGUCUGCGGGCCACACAGAUUCUCUGCCUGUCUGAGAUUGUACUGAUUUGUAAAGAAGCCUGAAACCUGAUCUGAAAAAUAGAUUUCUUAACCCUCUUCCCCAUUCCAACAUAAAACGCAUAAUCUUCUAUCCAAUUAGAAAUGUCAUUUAGCUAUCUUUGAUCCCAACUCCAUUUCAUCUUGAAAGUAAACACACAGUCUACAACACCUUUCACACUGAAUCCCUACAAUACCUUGCUGGGACUUUGGGAAGACCCAAGGUCAGUGCAUUGGAAAGUACUAAAUCUGGUGCCAUUGUUUCCAAGUAUGAAUGCUUUGCACUAUUUUUUAUUAUUACAAUUAUCAAAAUUCUCCUUUUUGUCUUUAACAAUCAAACAACUAAGGCUUGCUGUCAGUUGGACUGCAGAGAUGUUUACAGAACGGGUCACAUUGUUGUGCAUUACUGGGGUAGUACACUGAAAAUCCAGUCCCACUAUUCCUGGGGUUAUUAUAAAAGACAAGAUUUACAAAACUAUGCAGAAUUCCCCAUUUCACCUGUCUUUUAGACAGAAAGCAUACAUCAGGUUUCCAUACCCAAUAAAAAUGGCUAUUUAUUUCAAAUAAAUAUACUCUAGUCAAAUGUAAUUCCACUAAAUAAAGACACCAAUUCUGUCAUAAAAUCCACCUUACACACAUAUACACAAAUGCAGACAAAAGGAAAACAUAGGUGUUGUGGGCAGAGAGAAAAACUGAGAAAGCAGUUCAGUGGUCCCUGUUCGCAGGAUUUGCUGAAAUAUUUCUUGUGCUGAUCAGAAUGUUAAUUCCUGAUCUUCCUUCUCCAGAUGCUUCCACUUGAUUGCAGGAGGCACAGGGAAUCUGAGUCACACUUAUAAAGUGUUCACUUUGUUUUUUUUAUCAAUUAAUAGCUAUACCUUACAGCAACUGCUGAAGGAAAAAUAAAUUGGGUUUCUUCAGGCUUAGACUGGUUUUUCUGCAGAGAACAGGGACAGAACUUGAGGUAGAGGACAUCUGAUGGCUUCUCACUAUUUCAUUCAUAGCCCAUGACUAUCUGAUAAUGAAACCUGUAUCUGAGUUUACCAUUCGUAGAACAUGAUUGAUAGGUGGCCACAGACCAGCAGCUACUUAUUGCUGACUGAUACUCCAUUUGUAGACAGAUCCACUUUGUCUGCAAACUAUAGUUCAGCUACUGCUUGAACAAUCAGCACUUAAAAUGAGUAUCUAGUAACUUACUUUCACGAACUACAGCAACCCCUCAACAAUCUUUGCUUUUUAAAACAGUUCUUUUCCCAAGUCAGCCCACAAUCAAGAACACAAAAUAAUAAAAAGCAAUGAUUUCCUUCAUUAGCUUUAAAGCUAUAGUCCUAAAACAUCAUAAUCUUAUAAACCUUACAAUUCUGAUACCACCCCAUUAUAGAAAUUUUAAAAAAACACAAUUUUGAUGAGUUUUCUUAAACAUUAUUAAAAUAUAACCACAAAACACAUUUCAAAUAUUACCAGCUAAAUUAUAUUUAACUUACCACAUACAGUACAAGUAACAUUCUCUCCAUAUGCUUUCACAUUGUUUCCUAAACUGUCCAACAUGAUGGCUUCAUAGUUUUUUAACCUGUAUCAAAUUAAAUAUAUGUAACAGUAAAACUUUUGAACUGGUUUUCAUUUCUAAACAAGGGUCCCAACCCGAAACAUCACUUUUCCUGCUCCUCUGAUGCUGCCUGGCUUGCUGUGUUCCUCCAGCUUCACACUGUAUUAUCUCUGACUCCUGCAUUGGCAGUUCUUACUAUCACACAGUAGAAUUUAAAGCUCCAUUCCCAAAGAAUCUUGAAGUCCUUCCUCUUAAAUAGCAUAGAAGGGGCUAUGAUGCCAAUAGUCCUAUCCCAUGAUGAUUAGAGUUCACAUCGUUACCAUGCGAAAUCAGGCUCCCUAAAUCAUUCCUAUUUUUUGUACUGUCUUUUUCUUUAAGAAGUAUCUGUUUUUCAGUUCCCUUCAUUGUCAUUUGUGUUAUCUUUGUUGUCACUUUGCUUCUUUCUCUGGCUCCUCUGUGGGUUCACAAAAACAAAAAUUUGUGUCUGCAGGUUAAUUUAAGUGCCUGCGACUCUCUGGGUUAGCUUAGAACUUCAGCAUUCCUUAUUUUAGGAGCAUCAUUGUCUUCCAAAUAAUGCAUGAUUCCUAAAUAAAUAGGUUUUAAGUUCUUCAAGUAGCAGCUCUCUAAAGGUUUUCCAAAUCUUGUUCCAACUUCAUCAACCUCCACUAUCAAAGAUUAUUGCUAUAGUAAUUUCCCAAAGAUCUGAUUCUGUUUCUUGUUUGUUUUCGUCUGUAACAUUCUUGAAUGAGUUUAUAUGGAUGCGUUUCAGUAGACCUACCUGUAUCACAUUCUGCAUCGUGUUCAUCAAAAAGCUUUGAUCAUAAAAAAAUUGCUAUUUCCACCAGAACGCGUCUUUUUAAUAGUAUUACCUUAAUUUCUUGCAGACACUGAAGCUUGCAGCAAAUUUUUCAAGUUAUCAGAUUUAUCUGCUAUUCCCUGUCCAUGAACAUGUUGAAUGAAGGGGCAGGUUUGAGGGACAAAUGGUUUACUCCUGCUCCUUAUCCUCAAGGAAGUGAAGUCUUUUUCAGUGGAAUUCAAAUUCCCUGGCUUCAAAGAGCAGCCUGAUGGCUCAGUGGUUAGCACUGCUGCCUCACAGUAUCAGGGACCUGGGUUCAGUUCUACCCUUGGGUGACUAUCUAUGUGGAGUUUGCACGUUCUCCCAGUGUCUGCAUGGGUUUGCUCUGGUCUCCUCCCACAGUCCAAAGAUGUGUGGGUUAGGUGGAUUGGCUGUGCUUAUUUGCCCCAUAGCAUCCAGCGAUAUUCAGGUUAUGUGAGUUAGCCAUGGGAAAUGCAGGGUUGGGUCUGAGUGGGAUGCUCUUUGGAGACUUGGUGUGUACUCAGUGGGCUGUUUCCACAGUGUAGGAUUCCAUGAAUUUCUCUUUGCUAUUCAAGGCUUUCUGGUUUAGGUUUUGAAAUUCUAAUUCACAUUUAUUGACUCGUUUUUCUUUUUCAAGACUGUUUUUCUUUUCUCUAGCUGCUUCAUUUGUGACUGCACACAAGCCAACCUGGUUUGUGGAUUUUAUGGACUAUCUAUUUUUUUCUUCAAGGUGCCAGUAUUGAACGAGCACCUCCAUGAAUUCUGCUUUUCUUGUACCUGCUUUUAAUUCUAUUUCCAGCUUUUCUGCCACUACUUUUUGUGUUAACUUUUGUUAACUGUUGCAAGACAUUCAAAACCAGGUUGACUUCACCCUGUUAAUUCAAAAUUCCCCAGAGGCUCCCCUAUUUUGUUACGAUCACCAAAGAGGCUGAUAGCUUUUAAAAAGAAAAACCCAGCUAAUAUCUGAAAGAAUAACGAGCCAGGAUUUCAUAUUACAAACCUUUUGCUGUAACAAAUAUCUAAAUCCACUGUUGACUAAACACAAUUUUCUACAGGCGACUUUUACUUUAAACUAAAGAGAGAAACUUUUCUUUUAUCAAACACUGCACUCUCCAUGGAAUUACAGUGCUUUUAACAAACAAUCCAUAGUUGCUACCUUCAACUAAAAGCAAAUUACCGUGGAUGCUGGAAAUCUGGAAUAAAAUUGGCAAACGCUGGAGAAGCUCAGCGCGUGUCUGUGGAGAGAGAAGAAUGGGUUUAACUUUUUGAAAGCGACAUGACUCUUCUUCAUUCAAUGGACUAUCAGACUUAAAAUGUCAGCUUUGUUUCUUUCUCCCUCCAUGCAGCCAGACCUGUUGAAUUUCUCCAACAUUUUCUAUUUUUAGACUACAGCUUCCAAUAAGUUAACAAAUUCCAGCUUUGCUGAGUAAUAACUUCAGAUGAGUGUCUCCAGGCGUUUUCCUUAGUUUUUGGAGUUUCUUAAUCCCAUCAUCAACUGUUCCAAAGUCUCUUUGACUGUGCCAGAACAAAUGUCCCAGGUUCCACAGAAGGUUGUAGAAUGCAUUUCUCCAACCAGAGACCAUCUCCCUCUCAAACCUGGCUCUAGUGACUUGUAAAAUCAUGGUGCCUUUUCUUUGCUGACUGCACCGAGUGUGGUCUCUAGGGAAACAUGUAACCUUAUUUCAAAAAUGGCUUUCUCUGCCCUCUUGCUGUGCAUCUGAGUAAAAUGCUAAUUAGCUCAUUUUGAUCAACAUUCCUCUAAGAAGGAGUCGGCAGUCUACAACACAACGUUUUAGCCCCAAAUCAAUGACAUUUUUCUGGGAUUUUGGGCCUGACCAUGAUAAACUCAGAAACUGGUUUCAUUGUCUUUGUCCCUUCCUCUCAGUAAAACUCUCCCGUGACCUCUACCUAUCAAGUCACCAAUUAGACUGCGGGGCAGGUAAGAUGACCCCCUUAACUUACACUAAAUUUAAAGCCACAAUUGCAAAACAUAAUAAUCGUGUAAUCUUCAUGAUUGUAGCACUAGACUGUUGAUUGAAAUGUCUGUGGCUCAUAUUGAUUACUCUUUGAUCUUUGUAGGAAAGUAUUUACUCAUCAUCAUUCCUGUCUCUGUCCAUUUCCCCAUUACGUAAGUGAUGUUAGAAACAAUACAUGUACCAACUAACGAAAUAACAACAGACCUGCAACAAUUAGUUCUCCGUGGUAAAGCAAUAAAGAAACUGGAAAACUGGAAAAGAGAUGGUAGGAGCUGCUGAUGCUGGAGCAUCUGAAAUAACAAGAAUCUGUGAUAUCCAGCUCUACAUCUUGUUAUCUAAGGCUAGAAAAGCGACUGGAUUCAGUCAGCCUGAUUUAAAUUGCCAGGACACACCUAUCUCCCUGAUCUUGUAAGUUUAUCUUGAAGAUCUAAUAGACUUAUAGAGUGUCUUUGGGAAUCAUACCAAAUAUAUGUUAUAGACAAGGGGACAAAAAAUCCUCCACAAUUCAGACUGCCCUUCCCAAAUUGUAAUGGUCAGACGUUGGUCAGGAGUAAAGGCAAAAGUUGGCCAGGAGUAAAGGCAGUAAUGUGGCAUCAAUGUGUGCCAAGGAGCGUUAGGUAAACACAAAACUGGGCUUGGCACUUCAAUAAUAUUGAUAGGUUGUGCUGCCUGUGUCUGUCACUCCUCCUUCAAGAGGACAACUUGGCCUGUUGAAACAAUCCAUUAGCAGAGACUCUAAGAAGACGACAUAGUCGCAAAAAAGGAGAGGAUUUUGACAACGGAGGGGGUGCUGAGGGGGGCUGUUGAUGGUAGGAGUUUGCACUUGCAGAAUUCUGGAGCAGGUGAGCCCUCCUGCUUGUCGUGGCUCCCCCACUGUGAUUUUCCGGGAGACAGCUUCCCAAUGCAUCGUGCAGCGUGCGCGCACCCUGCUCUGUACUGGGUAGAUUAGGUAAGUGAUGUUAGUGUCCCCUCUCUCCUAAGAUGAGUCUUUGUUGCUGUUUUUUGCAUCUGCAAACUGGGCACACACACGACCCAUGUUCUACCCCUGAGGGCCAAAACUGUUGGCAUGCCCAUGGUACAUCUGGCUUGUGUAGAAUGUUUGAAGAGCUGCAGCAACUAAUUGAAAGACAACCCAGACUGAAUCCUGGAGUGGAGUACUGGGAGGGAUAUUUUGAUGAAUUUCUCUUGUAUCGAAGAUUAUUGCUUAUUGUGCCGGCUUCAAUGAUAGUGUAUCAGACAGGACCUGAAAGCAGAAAGCAAUGGCAGCUCCUCAGAGCUGGGCUAAAUGGGAGGACAUGCAGCUUUGAACUGCUGAGGCAUGAAAUUAUAGUCUGCCAGCCUUAAAGAUCGAAAGAUAAACUAGAGCUAAUAAACCUCAGGCUAAAUAACUCAGAUAUCUGACACAAGCAGCCAUUCUACACAAUACAUCAAAGGCCAAAGCAAACGUUACUAAUCACUAAAAAUACUCACUUUUGUUGGUAUAUAUAGUGACAGGAUUAAGGAAAAUAUUAUCUUCAGCCCAAAGUAAUAUUAGUUCUGAAUAAACUGAAGUUGAACAAAAAUUUUUUAAAAACAUCUCUUUUCAAAUAAUAACUGGGAUACUUUUGCAGCCUGUGGUUCUCUACGGAGCUUUCAGAGCCACCGUUUAAUCAGAUUUCCAAGCGUGAUGCCUUUUUGGCACAUCCCUAAUCAGAAUGGAUCUUGCCAGACCCCACCUUUAUCGACUUAAAGCCUUGCAGCAUUUUAUUUAGGAAUGCUCAUUCUCAGGACAGUUGAGCCGGAACAAUGUCUGGCUUGGCUGUUGUGAAAAAUGUGUGGCAUAAGGUGUGAAAAAAAUAUGAAUAUUGAAAUCAAAAACAUUACUCCCUUUAUCCAUGUACUUGAACUCCUAAGUAUGAAUGAGGGUGUGUCAAACUGUGCAAGUCCCAGCAGAUUGUUAGACCAAGCGUGGAAAGUACAUUAAAUACAAAGCUAUAGUGUGAUAAAUUGGUUAGUUGAGGUAAGUAAAAACAGGACCAACACUUAGUUGAGCCAAGUUGAAGCCGGAUGUGAAUCCUUUAGAGUCCCAUUACUAUCUGCUUCCCAGAGUUGGUUUGACUUUUACAGACUGAUGCUUAGGCCCAUACUUAAAGAAGUCACCCACUUCACCUGGAGCCAAAUGAGUUGUGCUCAGGCCUCGAAGCAAUCCUUUUUACAGGUAUGUCACAGCAGAAAUGUUUAGGCCUCCGGAUUGUUAAGGAACUUUCUGGAUUCUUCUUCUGAGUCCUGCGUUCAAUACAGGGGUUCUCAUGUUUCAACACAGGGCUUCCAGCACUACUUAUGGGUUCCAAUUUUAAAUUACACGUUAAAGAUAUGUUUCAAAGAUUACAUUUCUGGAAGGGUUUUUAAUUACUUUUGGUAGCUAGGGGCCAGAUAAUUUUUCAAGCCUUCAGAGCAUGAAUGAGCCUGCAUACUUGGUAUGUCCUCACACGCACAGCUCGAUCUUUCUCCUGUCAAUGUAGCCUUUAAUUAUGGUAAUUGCGUAAAGAUAAUUAAAGUGGAAUCGGGUCUUAUCUCCUCUGUUGGGGGCAGUCCUUUUUCUCUCUUUUAACAUUUUGAGCAACCAUCAGAAUAAAAUAAUUCUCCUUGUAAGAAACAAGGUAGGAAGAGAAUUGUUAUUGAUUAGAUUAUUAUUUUACAUGCUUUAGUUGACUUUUUUUUAACGCUGUCUGCCUCUGCCUUUUUCGCACUGCCCAUGGCCUUUAUGUUGUCUUCUUCCGUUGGGAGGAUGGUGCUACCUGGUCUCCAGGCUUCUCUGUUUUGGCUGCCAUUAAGUGAUUACUAUAUACAUCGAUGUAAGCAACUAGAUAUGAAUACCAAUAAAAUGAAAUAUUUAGUCUUGGGGAAGCAUUCCAGGUGGGCUUGUAACUGACCAAGAAUUUAGUACAGCAAUUAUUAAUUGAAAAGGAUUUAAGACUGUUAGUGUCCAAUUACAUGGCAAGUAAUUAAACUGGACUGCUGCUAAAUGCAGUCGUUUUAUCUUUGCUUUGUUUUGUGACUCCUCUGGUUAUGAUUCCUUCAAUACCCACCUAACCAGCUUUGUGACUGUUUCUGGUGGUGAAGGAGGUGCAUUAGGGAAUUCUAUGUUGCUCAUGCUCUGAGCUCCAUAGUCAUUCUUUCUGCUUUGCGGGAUCUACACAAAUCAGAACCUUCAGUCUGUAUGGACAAGGCUGAUUAACUGGUUCCAUGAAGUCUAGUGUAUAAGCCAUACCUGUGUACAAGCCACACUCUAUAAUAUACUUUGUAUAAAUCAUAACAUUAUCUUGUAUAUGUUGGUAUUCAACACACUGGUGUAUAUAUAAGCCAAUCCAGGUUUUAGCUCAAACAUUGGUAUCCAAUAGUGAUCCAUAUACUGGAUUUUAGUUUGACUGUUUUGUACAUGUAUGGCAGAAUCUGUGCUUCCUUUAAUUAGUUAUUUGCCCCAGUUUCUUGCUUCCAAUCCUAUUUUAUAUGUGGUGAGGCUUCUGUACCUUCAGGGUUAGUUUGAGGGUUUUUUUUGCUGUAAGCUUAAAGAGACUGUUGCCUGUUAAUUUAUGUAUUGUGCUCAUCACAAGCUGAAUCUGUUCUCUAUGUGCCCAGCAAUCAUUCCAGGUUACCUCUUACCAUUUCUUUGGGCAAGGGUAAUCUGUGAGAACACAAUAUACAAAACCUUUCUUCAACAUAGGUCAGCAUAGCUAGGCUUCCAGAUAGUCAGAAGUUCCCGUGUCAUUUGUACACUUUGUGGAGCUUUUAAUCUAAUUAAUGCACUGUCAAAAAGUGCUCUUUGCAAGCUCGCACUUGUAAUAUUGUAACACAGUGAAUACAUAGAAUGUUAUCCAUCGGUAGGUUAUUGGGUAGUAAGGUAAUGAAACGAGAUGGGGAUUGUGAAGGAGGGUGAAUCUUAUUGAAAGGUGGGUCAGACGUAAAGGGCCGAAUGCCCCAUCUGAUAUACUUACGCAGUCAAAGUUAUUGGAGAUUGAGAAGAAAAUGCAGCAGAAAAAUAUACAUGAUACUUUUUCCACCAUUGAAAAACUCUACAGCUUUAAGAUGAGUCAUGCUUGGGGGUAUUUAGAGACAAUUCAAGGAAGAAUUGCAGUGUCUGGUGUGUUGGGAAUUACUGCAUACAAAACCAUUCAUCCUUGAUAGGUAUUAUUGCCACAAUGCUCAUAGAGGCAGAAAAGGUGGAGGCCAUUCUUGGGAAAAGAAUUCCUCCAUAUAAUUUUAAAAUAUAAACAAAUUAAGCUAGUUCCUCAAUAUGAAUUCCCAGACAGGUUAAUAUCUACCUGCCACAAAAAUGCCAGGUACCAAUUCUAAAAGAAUAUCUUCUAUAAAUAUAAUACACUUGCUAUGAAAUAUUAAGGGAUUAUUGUGGGAUUGUGAGAAAGAUAUCUCCUGGAAAGAGGUUACAAAAUGUGGAAUUUAUUUUGUCGAGAAAUGUGUUUUUGAAUACUUUAAUAUUCCUGAAACAUUUAGAAAUUGAAAUUGUCUUCAUUUAUACCUGGCCACACUUCAGAAAAAUAGACAAGGACAACAAGAUCUGUGCUGUAAAGACAUAUUCUGUUACAAAACAAAUAUCUUAAACCUAUUUUCGUGUUUCCCAUUCUCCAUAAGAAAAUGGAAUUAUAUAUGAAGAUGGUAUAAGCAAUAAUUUGUACAGUAAGUUAUUCUGUUUUUUCUAUAUG